GUGGUUCAGGGUCUCAGGUCGUACCCUACCCAGAGGUACCGUCCGAAACCAGGGCCGGAAAAGCCACCUGCAGGGAAGCUCUAGCUGUCUCGAGCUUUUUCGUUCGUGGCCUGUGCCCCCCGUUGGCUAGCUCAUCAGCCAGUGCAGCCCAGCCCAGUUUGGGGAGGAAGGGGGGAAGGAGGAAGCUGGGAGAGUUGAGGCGCUCUCGAGCUCCAGCCACCCACUCGCUGCUUGUCCCAAACAAACAAAUAAUAAAGACGCCCUGUCAUGCAUUGAUCCCCUCCUGCAUUCUCCUUUUCCCCCUUCCACCUCGCUGCUCGCCUGAAUCUCUCGACCUCUCGCUACCUAGUACUACUACACGCCAUACUAAUAGCCGUGCCGACCAGCAACGCCGUGUACAUACAUACUUCAAUCUCUCAGUCACAGCUCGCAGUCGUUCAAAAUGAAGGCCACAUUCGUCACCCUCGCCGUCGCCGGCCUCGUCGCCGCCCAGAACCUAUCUGGCCAGCCCGAGUGUGCUAUUCCGUGCAUCAAGGAGGCCAUCCCCAAGGUUGGCUGCAAGCUUGAGGAUGUUGCUUGCGCUUGCAAGCCCGACGCGCAGAAGCAGCUGCUAACCAUCGUCGGGCCCUGCAUCCUAAGCAAAUGCAAGCCUGACGAAAUUGCCAAGGCCCAGUCCGCCGCCAGCGCUGCUUGCGCUGCCGCCGGCACCCAGACUGGCUCGGCCACCGGCUCGGGCUCGGCCUCGGCGACGGGAUCCGCGACGGGCUCCUCCGCGACGGGCUCCUCUUCUUCCGCCACUGGCUCUCAUACUGCCUCCGGCUCCGCCACCGGCACCGCGUCCGGCUCCGGCUCGACCACGGCGACGGGCUCCGCCACCGCUUCGGAGAGCGCCAGCGGCUCCGCGACUGGCACCGAGUCCGGCUCUGCCACGAUGACCGCCACCGCCAGCGGCUCCAAGACCUCUCCCGCCGUUACGGGCACCGCCUCGCGGUCCGGCGCCGCCUCUGGCUCCUCGAGCUCUGCUGCGCCCACCAGCACCGCUGGCGCCAACGCUGGCCCUGUCGGUGGCAUCGUGGCCGCCGUCCUGGGCGCUGCCUUGGCUCUGUAAAGUAGUGUCGGAGUCGGUCCUCUCAACUUACAGCCUGAUGUGUACUAUGGCGGGAUAAUGGAUGACGGAUGGUAAUAUGGAGCAGCUCGGACGAAAAUGACUCGCAAGAGUUUCGGUGCUCACCAUGGUACAAUGCUGUCAAAUAAGCUGGAAAGCCUGCUGUUUGUAACCCGCUGCAUGUAGACAGCCUUCCGCAUGAUUGUCGAUCGUAAUCGACGAUUGAGAUGCCAUGUAUUCAACUCUUGUCUCGCCCUCUGUUUUCUCGACGACCAUGCCAUGAC